AGCGGGAGGCGCAGCGCGAGUGGGUUCUACGCCGCGUGGCUGCGCUGACUUGAGCGGCAUGCGAGGAUCGACAAGGCGCAGCUGCGCUCUGGGUGUGGGAGGAGAGGCCUCUGCUGCUGCGGCGCUCUUUGGCGGCUGGAGCAGGAAGGGGCGGAGUAACGCUUGACACUAGACUCGCCGCUGCCGCCGCACGCCGUGCCGCGCUGCCGCGGCCGCAACUCCGCCGGCGAGUCCAUCGUCAAGUCUGGAAGCGAGCAGCGAGACGGGAAGGAGGUGCACCGACGCAGACAUGGAGCAUCUCUGCUGUGAGCGGCCGCGCGCCGGCGUUGAGGCUGAGCGGCUGGGCGGCACGAGCUUGCACGUGCGCUGCUCUGGACAAGGCCGCAUCCAUCGCUCCAGACAAGAAUCACCGACUCGGCAGGCUGUUGCUGCAUCGUACGUCACACCCAUUGCAUUGCCGUCUCCUCACCAAGUGAGGGUCACGCCGGUAUCCCGAGACUGCCACGCUGCCACAGCGAGGGCCACGAGCGCCGCCGUCGCACCGGCGCCUGAGAGAGUGGCGACGAAGCGGCGCUCUCUUCGCCGUCGCUGCUCAGCUCGCGCCGCCAAUGCAGCUUCGUCCAUCGCCCCCUGGGUGCCGCUGCGCAAGUCGAGCGCAGCGCCGAACAUGUCCUCGAGCCCGCUGCUGGCCUGCGGUCCAAAGAAGCGCUGCGGUCCGAGCUGGAACGAGUCGCGCUCGUGCCGAGGUGCAGGCGCCUGCUGCGCAUUGGUGGGAGACCAGUCCAUCGAGUCGACGCCUUGCACUUCGCUGGUGGGUUGCAGCAACGUGUCGAGCGUCAAUGAAGGCUGUCCGAAGACGGGCGUCGGCCGCUCAGAGAGGGAAACGGCGGACAGCGAGAGUGCAGGCAGUGGAUCGGCUGGUGCUGCCGGCAGUGGCGCAGUGGGCAGUGGCAGCUUGCUCGUCGGCACAGUGCCAGAGACGAGACGCACGCGGGCCGGCGCUCUGAAGCGCAGGCGCCGGACGGCGAGGAUGAGGGACUGCGAGGCUGGUCAAUAGACGAGUCGUAGAGGCUCAACAAGGGACUCACGAUCACUUGCGCUGUGCCCAGCACGCCUUGCACGGCUCGCAGGG